GCACGUUCAGUGAGAGGUGUGUAGCAUAGUUAGGAACGCCAUAAAUUGGGACAGCCCACAUAACACUGUGACACAAUUGCACUUCAAAUGCAAUCUUUGAGGUGUGCCACAGCUAAAGAAAGCCGUAUCUGCUCCAGAGCCUGAGUAUAGUUUAGUCUUGUGCUGUGAGAGUGAGAGCAUGUCUGCUGCUGUGACUGUAGCGCUGCUGUUCUUCUUGUCUGUGGCACUGAACGAACAGGUGACUGAGGGCUGCAGAUGUUUACCAAGACACCCUCAACAGCAUUUCUGCUCGUCUGAUAUAGUGAUUCGAGCUAAGGUCAUUGGAAAGGUGUCCAGCACUCUCCUUCAAUUAACUGCAUACAAAAUCCAAACUAUUCAGACGUUUAAGCAAUCAGACAAGAAGAGAAUUCAGGUCAUCUAUACUCCUCAAACCUCAUGUGGCGUCAUUCUGAAAAACGGCGAGUACCUGCUGUCAGGACAUGUCCAGGGCGGCAGGGGUCGUUGUCAAUUUAUGUGACCCUGUGUAGCCUUGGAACAA